AUGGAAGCUAACAAGAAGGCUUCAAAACUGAGGAAAACGGCGGACGAGGAGAUGGACGAGGUGGAGGAGGUGGAUGAGGUGGAUGAGGUGGAUGAAGAGGAGGUGACGGUGGUGAAAGGGAAGGGGAAGGCAAAAGUGAAGGAGGUGGACGAGGAGGUGGAGGAGGAAAAGGAGCAGGAGGGCGAGGAUGCCUCUGUGGAAGAGAAGGACGUGAUUCCGAAGCGGGAGGCGAAUGCACGGUGGCCAGAGCGGUGCAAGGAGGUGAAGGGAGUGAAGCACUACUCGGCAGUCACCAUGGACGGUCACCUGUACAAGCUCGGCGACGAUGUUACUGUGCAGGGCGAGCCCAAUGGUCAUGACUUCAUGGGUACGAUCAAGGAGAUAUUCAAGCCCGCCAAGGGAGAAGUGUCAUGCUUGCUGCGCUGGUACUUCCGGUACAGCGAUACGGCGAUGGGGGCGUUGGGGGACGGCAUUGUGGAUCCGCGCUUGUGCUUCUGGUCGCGGGAGACGGACGACAACCCUGCCAGUUGCAUCACAGGGAGGGUCAGAGUCAAGCGAGUCAAACCUCCGUCCGGCCCCAAGGAGCCGCUGGACAUACCAGCAGACGUGGACUUGGUGUACCACCACAUGUACGCGUACGACUUCGCCUCCUUCUCCGACAUUCCCAAUGAUGAGUGCGAGCAAAAUCUGGAUUGCCUCCCUGACCCGCCGGCCGUCCACCCACCUGGAUCGAACGGGGUGAUUGGAGGGGGAGAGGGCGAGAAACACGAGGUGGAGAGGAAGGCCAAGUGCAAUGGAACGCGUGGGGGAGAUGGAGGGGAGAAGGCCGUGCAGAGCAAGGAGGAGGAGGGGGCUACUGGGAAGGAUGAAGGUGAUCUGAAAGAUGAGUGUGUUGAUGCAGAAGGGGGAGGAGGGAGAAGGGGCGGUGAAGCCAAGAUAGUGGAGGGUGUUGGAGGGGAUGUUGGAGCGAGUGUGAAAACGGGGGAGGGGCAGGGCGCAGGCGAGGGUGAGGUCGGUAAGAAGCUAGGAGGAGGUGAGGAGGAGGGCAGUAAGGGACAGGGGGGAGGCGAAGGGGCGGGUGGUAUAGAAGUGACUCCUGAAGGAUCAGGGGGAGUGAAUGGGCUCGAGGAGCUGGAAGAUAAGAAGGCAGAUGGGAAGACAGAAGGCACAGCGGUCGAAGGUGUAAAGGUGGAGAGUGGUGGGGCAGUGGGGGGUGUGAGUGAGGUGGGAGGUGAUAAUCAGGAGAAGGGCGAGGGAGGAAAGGGGGAAAAUGGGAAGGGAGAGGAAGGAAAGGGGGAAAGUGAAAAGGGAGAGGAAGGGAAGGAGGUGGAAGGGAAAACAUUUGUGAAGGUUGAAGAUCCUGCGGUAGGCAGUAUGAAGGUGGAGAGUGAGGGGGCAGUGAAUGAUGCUGGUGAGACGGGAGAUAGUCAGGAGAAGCGCGAUGAAGGGCGGGGAGAGAAUGGGAAGGGAGAGGACGGAAAGAAAGAGGAAGGGAAAGGUCCAGCUGGAAAGGUUGAAGGCACAGCAAUAGCUGGUAUGCAGGUGGAGAGUGGUGGGGCAGUAGAGGGUGCAGGUGUGGUGGGAGAUCAGGAGAAGGACGAAGAAGGGAAGCAAGAAGAAGGCACGGGAGAGGAAGGAAAGGGAGAGCAAGGGAGGAAGGAAGAAAGUGAGGGGCACGAGACGGAAGAGGGCGGCAAGGAGGAUGAAGGAGAGCAGACGAGCAAAGCUGCAUCUGGCGGCAAGAAGGGUCGGCUGUCGGGAGGUGGGGCUCGGACUGCUGCCGCCCCUGCUACAGUGACUCUCCCGCCCCAGACCAUGCGUCUGAAGAUGCUGGACAUGUACAGUGGCUGCGGUGCCAUGUCCACGGGGAUUGAGAUGGGCGGCACUCCCAGGGGCGUCACCAUAGACACUUGUUGGUCCGUGGACUUCAACGCGGCUGCAUGCGAGAGCAUGAAGUACAACCACCCGCUCUGCCAGGUGCGCAAUGAGACUGCAGACGAGUUCCUGGUGAUUCUGAAAGAGCUGCCGUCCCUGCUGGAACGUUACUCUGUGAGCUCAGCAGCUGCUGCUGAUGCAGUGUUCAUGGAUGGCGAGAAAGGCGGUAAGGCUGUUGCGCAUAAACAUAAGGUCGUGCACCACUCGCAUCACCAGCACCAGGAGCAGCAGCAGGAGCAGCAGCAGCAGCAGCAAGAGCAGGAGCAGGGAGGUGAAGGGUCAAUGGCGAAGGUGGAAAACACCAAAGAGGUGGAAAUGGGAGAUGCGGAAGAGGCUGCAGGGAAAAAGGAGGAGUUAGAGGAAGUGAUGGAGGAGGUAGAGGACGAAAUAGAGGAGGUGGAGGAGAGAGGGAGGGGGAAGAGGAAGAGGAGGGCAUCAGCUGAGAAGGGCGAGAAGGCGAGGACAUCAGGCCGGAACAAGAGGCAGAAGGAGGGACAGCAGAGCAAUGGUGCUCCCAGCAAUGUCAACUCUGGGAAGGAGAUGGCGAAGGCGGAGGAGGAUGAGAGCAGUGAUGAGGAGGUUGACGAGGGGGAGUUUGAGGUGGGGCGGAUUGUCGGGGUGAGGUACAUUGCUGCCACGGAGAAGGGACGGCCAGCUGGCAUUUACUUCAAGGUUCAGUGGAAGGGGUACGGACCAGAGGAGGACACCUGGGAAGGGGAAGACAGUCUCAGCUCGUGCAAGCCGGCUAUCAGGGACUACCUGGUGGAGGUCAAGGAGAAGAAGCUGCUGCCUCUGCCGGGCGAUGUGGACAUCAUCUGUGGAGGCCCCCCCUGCCAGGGCGUGAGCGGCUUCAACCGCUUUCGCAACACGGAGGACCCGCUGGCGUGCGAGAAGAACCGGCAGCUGGUGGUGUUCAUGGACCUCGUGGGGUGGCUGGCGCCCACGUGGGUGCUCAUGGAGAACGUGGUUGACCUCAUGAAGUUCAAAGAGGGCAUACUAGCUAAAUACGCCAUCGCCCGCCUCGUCGCCAUGGGCUACAAGUGCUCAUCCCCAUUCCCCGUGCAUCCCCUGCUCAUCCCCCUCGCCCCCCAUUUCCCCCCUUCCCCCCAAUCCCCUUGCCUCCCACCCCUUUCAAUCCCUUCCCCCCUCCCCUCUUCUCCACCUUCUCCAUCUCAGGCGCUUCCGAGCUUCCCCUUACCCACACAUCUCGUCGCGAAGGAAAGAGGCACCGUGCCCACGCGCUGGAUGGUGAGUGCUGACUGUCUGUGA